CCCCUCCUCCCUGCUCUCUCCACCCUUCAGUUUCCUAUUCGUCUUGUCACAUCGUCCUUUAAAUUUAUUAUAUUUUUGAUUUACUAAAUUAUUUUCAUUUAUUUUUAGUUCAUUUCCUGUUUUUUUAUAUAAAUUCGUGGUACAACAAAACCCGCCACUGAGUGGAAUCAAAGGUACGGCGAGACCUCGGGUCUCGGCCUGUGGCCACCAAAAACACACAACGCCUGAAAUCAUUGAAAUUAGUCAUUGGAAAAUCUCAACUAAAUUUCAUAAUAUUACACUUAACUCUAGCACCACAAUGUCUCAGUGGAAUAACUCUUACAGUUAUAACAACCAGUAUCAAGCCCCUAAUAAUUGGAAUGGGGAGUACAACGCUCAGUAUUUAAACCAGCCCCAAUACUACCCCAACCCCAAUAGACAAUAUGAUGCCAAUCGGCAAUAUGUAAGUUUUGAUGAGUUUAUAUCACAAAUGCAACUGUCCAAUGUUCCAGCAACGAACAACACGAAUUACAAUAAUGUACAAUAUCAAAACUAUCCAAAUGCUCAGUAUAAUAAUGUUCCCAAUUAUCAAAAUGGGUCAACUCCCCAAAAUGCACAGGCUGAUUAUGCCUAUGGAUCGAGCACUGCCAAUUUUACUAACAAUGCUGAAGUAUAUCAACCCAGUGUACAUAAUCAAUUUAAUCAAGUGACUGAUCAGAAUAAUUAUUCUAAUGAUAAUAUGGUAUUUAAAUCUAAACUUACACCGACUGCAACUGAAUUUGUGCCUAAAAGCAGUAACACAAAUCAAGGUAGUUCCAACAGUGAAACAACUAUAGAAUCGAAUUUAAGUAAUUUAGAAAUAAAUGGUAGUACAUCGAGUAACAAUUCUAAGCCAUCUAGCUCAACAAAUUGGAGAGAAAGACCAAAUGGUUCACAGAAGAGUAGCAAUUUAUCUAACUUAGAACCUUACAGUCAAAAAUAUUCUAAGAACCAAGAUACAAGUAGCCGCAAUAAUAAACAUGAGUCAAAAGGCCGAAAUAACGAAUCCAACAGUCGCAGUGAACCUAGUAGUCAUAGCUCAAGAGAUAGAGACAACUAUCAUAGGGAACCAUCAAAUCGUGACUAUGACAGUAGCAGUCGUAAUCGUAAAACGAAAAACCGACCACAUGACAACCAAACUCAAGAAUACCGCAGACAAGAUAAUCAAGACUACAAUAGAUCUAAUAGAAAUAGUGACUACAAUACUCAGAACCAUGAUGUUAAAGACUCUAGUUACUACAGACAAGACAAUAAUCAAGAAUACAACCAUAGAUCAAAUAGAAACAGUGAUUACAACCCUCAGUACCAGAAUCAGAAUCAAUAUAAGGAUCAAAAUGAUACAGACUAUGAAGGGGGCCAAUCAAAAAACAACUCUAAGGCUAAAAACAAAGAGGCUGAUGUAUAUCGCACUUAUUACAAUAGCUCAAUGCCUAAGGAAAGUCAAGAUGUAAGAAAUGGUAGGGGCGAAGGUUCAGGUAGAAAUCGUAAGUCUGCCGGCAGUCAAAGGCUCAAGGCUCCAGAGCGUGCUGAAGAUGAACAGUAUGCAAAUACAUAUCUACAACAUAAGGAGAAGAAACACAAAGACAAUACAUCCAGCCCAAUGAGAGGGAAAUAUCGAGCUGUAGGCAACACAAAUGUGGGAGCAAACACAGAAAUGACCCAAAGGGAGCGUCUCAGUGAGCAAUUAGACAGCGGCACUCUGGAGUGUUUGGUUUGCUGCGAGCGAGUCAAGCAAAUAGACCCAGUGUGGUACUGCAGCAACUGCCACCAUGUGCUGCACCUGCGCUGCAUUCGCAAGUGGGCCUUGAGCAGCAUGGUUGAAAGCAAAUGGCGCUGUCCAGCUUGUCAAAACACAAACCAAGAUAUACCAACAGAAUAUAGAUGCAUGUGCGGAGGGAUGCGCAACCCUGAGUAUCACAGGGGCUCCACGGGUGCCCACACUUGUGGCAAAUCAUGUAAUCGGGCGAGGAAUUGUCCUCAUCCUUGCACAUUGCUUUGUCACCCUGGCCCUUGUCCACCCUGCCAGGCUACAGUUAAUAAACAAUGUGGAUGUGGAGCUGAAAAUCGUUCAGUGCUCUGUAGUAGCAAGCUAGCCCAGGUGUGCGGCCGCGAAUGUAAACGGACUCUAGAGUGUGGGGUCCAUUGCUGCACCAAGGACUGCCACGAGGGGCCUUGCGAUCCCUGCACGGAAAUAGUUACACAAGUUUGCCACUGCCCGGCGGCCAAGUCGCGUUCAGUGCCGUGUGCAGCUGAGACGGGCUCGUGCAGCACUUGGUCGUGCGAGUCGUCGUGCGGGCGCGUGCUGUCGUGCGGCGCGCACGUGUGCCGCUCGCCGUGCCACGCGCCGCCGUGCCCGCCGUGCCCUCUGCGGCCGGACAACGUGCCGGCGUGCCCCUGCGGACGCACUCGAAUAAGUAAAGAGCAGCGCAAAUUGUGCACGGAUCCCAUACCGUUGUGUGGCAACAUCUGCACCAAGCCCCUGUCCUGCGGGCCAGCUGGAGACAAACAUUUCUGCAAAGAGAAUUGUCAUGAAGGAGUGUGUCGGGUGUGCCCCGACAAAACGUUGCUGCAGUGUCGCUGCGGCCACUCCAGCCGCGAAGUGCCGUGCGCCGAGCUGCCCGACAUGCUCAACAACGUCUUGUGCCAGAGAAAGUGUAAUAAGAAAUUGUCCUGCGGCCGCCACCGGUGCCGCACGGUGUGCUGCGACGCGCAGUCGCACCGCUGCGCCGUGGUGUGCGCGCGCACGCUGUCGUGCCAGCUGCACCGCUGCGAGGAGUUCUGCCACACGGGACACUGCGCGCCCUGCCCCAGAGUCAGUUUCGACGAGCUGCGCUGCGAGUGCGGCGCGGAGGUGCUGCUGCCGCCGGUGCGCUGCGGCAGCAAGCCGCCGCCGUGCAACUCGCCGUGCGGGCGCACGCGCGCCUGCGGGCACGCGCCGCACCACAGCUGCCACUCGGGCGACUGCCCGCCCUGCGUCGUGCUCACCACCAAGGCCUGCUAUGGGAAACAUGAGGAGCGCACAACAAUCAUGUGUUCCCAAGAAGAGUUCUCGUGCGGGCUGCCGUGCGGCAAGCCGCUGCCCUGUGGCAAGCACACCUGCAUCAAGACCUGCCACAAGGGGCCCUGCGACACCGGCAAAUGCACCCAGCCGUGCACGGAGAAGCGGCCAAGCUGCGGGCACCCGUGCUCGGCGGCGUGCCACUCGAGCGGCGGCGGCGCGUGCCCCAGCGGCGCGGCGUGCCGGCGCCCCGUGCGUGCCACGUGCCCCUGCGGCCGCCGCCAGGCCGAGCGCGCCUGCUGCGACAACGCCAGAGACUACGCCAAAUUGAUGAGUACGUUGGCUGCUUCUAAGAUGCAGGAAGGAGGAACGGUGGACCUGACUGAUGUGCAGCGACCAGGUUCCAUGCUUAAAACACUGGAGUGCGACGAGGAGUGCUACGUGGAAGCGCGCAGCCGGCGGCUGGCGCUGGCGCUGCAGCUUCGCAACCCCGACGUGUCGGCCAAGCUGGCGCCGCGCUACAGCGAGCACCUGCGCGCCACCGCCGCGCGCGAGCCUUCCUUCGCGCAGCUCGUGCACGACAAGCUCACUGAGCUGGUGCAGCUGGCUAAGAAGUCGAAGCAGAAAACGCGCGCGCACUCGUUCCCGUCCAUGAACCGGCAGAAGCGGCAGUUCAUCCACGAGCUGUGCGAACACUUCGGCUGCGAGAGCGUGGCCUACGACGCCGAGCCCAACAGGAACGUCGUCGCCACCGCUGACAAGGAGAAGUCGUGGUUGCCAGCAAUGAGUGUACUGGAGGUGCUGGCGCGGGAGGCGGGCAAGCGCAAGGUGCCCGGCCCAGUGCUGCGUACGCCGGCGCAGCACGCACCGGCAACGUCCGCGCCCGCGCCGGUCACUGCGACGGCUUCCAAAUCCUCCGGUGGCUGGGCCACACUUACUUCAACAAACGCGUGGGCUUCUCGCAGUCAAGCCAAACAACCGGCGAAAGUGGAACAGAGGCAGGAACCCAAGAUAGACUACUUCGACAACCCGCCCGAUAACUAAACUAGGUCAAUUCUGACCAGAUGAGUGCAUACUUAUAUUUAUAACUCAUAGUAUAUUCUACAUUGGAAUACAUAUUGAGAAUGACAUUAAUGGUAGGUGUCCACUAAUCCCUCAGACCAAUUAUUGUAUAGGACCUGCCUCGCUAGAGGUUACUUUUCUGUCAAAGUAUAUGAUCAACGAUCUAAUGCGAUUAUAAAAACUGUCUCUGUAGAAUCAAUGUUAUAUAGUUGUAAUCGUGUUCGUCAGUUAAAGAGCUCCGUAAAAAUACCUUUUUGUGUAAUUGAAUUGUGUAAAAAACGCGCAAAAACUUCAAGUUUAGUAUAAGAUAUAUACCAAAUCUAAGCUCGUUUUCCUCAGAAAAUGACAGACAAUUUUGUUCGUGACUAUGAGUGCGAUACAGGUCCUUCUAUAAUUGGUCUGAGACUAAUCCGCAUCGAACGGUACACCUGUGGUGGACACCUGCCGUAAUGCAAUCGGUGAAUGAUGAAAUUUCUUGAACUUUGUGUAUUUAUAUACUCUUAAUGUAUAUAAUAAUCAUCAUCAUCAUCAUCAUCAUCAUCAUCAUAAAUUAUGGUUUAUUUUGGACUUUGGACGAUUUAAGGUAUGUAUACAUUUUAACCGCCAUCUUUCCAAAUUACUAUGACCUAACCUCAAUAGGCUUGGUGACACUUUUUUAAUUUAUGUUUUUGAAAAUACGAGCCAAAACGCCUGUCGGCCAUGACAGCAUAUAUUUCAACUGACGUCACUAUAAUAAAUCCCAUAGAAACGGAGCGUUUGUAUGGGGCCCUCUGGUCACGAUAGACUCUGGCUCUAUGGUAAGCUUAAAUACCACUAUUUUACUUUAUAAAUCUUCUAUCACUCAAUUCAACUUCAAUCACUAAAGAGUUAUUUUAUAGUAAAAAAGAGAUGGUUCAAAUUUGUAUGGAGGCUAGACCCGGUCUGUGUACAAAGGCUGAAAUAUAAGAACAGAAUAUUAAAUUACAGUUUGGAUCGUGCCGCGUUGCAAGAACCAGCUCAUGACUAAGGGCCUCGUAUGGGUUCGAAAUUAGUCUGAUAUACUCCGAUGUUGUAUCACGUGAGGUUUAGCCGUGUUUGGAAAUUAAUAAAUAUGAAUAAAACUGACGAUAGUUUAAAUUCUAAAAUAUAUUUGAUUAUUCAAAUCCUACUAAUUCACUUUUUUAUUUAACGAAAUUAAUAUUUAUUCUCUCAAAAAAUAAAUGCAACAUGAAUACAGAUAAUAUGUGGAUUGAUUUCAUUCAUACAUUCAUUCAUUGUUUUUUUUGAUAAGACUCACUAAUUGUCAAAAGUACAUUCAACAAAUAUCUAAAACGGCGCCAUCUUGUAAUAUCAUAUGAUUGUAUCAUAUUAUUUUGUUUGAUUUAUUGAUUACUUUUAAUUUUUACUAAAAUACCUGUAUUUUUUAAAUUUUAACGAUAUGUGUAUAAACCUGACCUGAAAUGGAUCAUCUCCGUUGGGCUAUAGUUUGUUUUUGUAGCACAUUGACUCAUUAAGAAAUUAAUUUUGGUAAUUCUCUACAUUUUGAUACGAAACAUUUAUUUAUUUAUUUAUUCACAUUAAUAAUAAUCUAUACGUAGCUAAACAUUGUUUUCUAAAUAGCAUAAUUUCUGCUGAGUAUAUAUAAAUAUGUUGGUUGUAUAUUUUUGUCAUAAUUUUUAUAAAUGUACAUAAAAUAUUUGUAUUACAUCAACGCGAUAUAUAAAAGCUCCGCGAAUGCAAAGGUGCUAUAUUGCUCAAGUGUUUAUAUUACAACUAUAGCGAUAACAUGCGACCAAGUGAAGAGAAUGGACAAAAUGUCGUCCAAUGGCAGCGGAAUUGUCCAUGUCUCAUCUCUUUCCUCCCUAAGCAAUAAAAGAGAUAGCGGUAUUUCCGGUUGCACCGCCAUUGGUUGAAUAGGGAAUACCCAUAUAGUAAUAUCUAAAAAAAUCUUGAUACUUUAAUAAUAAAAUCAUUAUUUUAUCAAAAAAGUGUGCUACAAUGUUCUAUGACAUUUUUAAUUCAUCUUUAUUUUAUCCCCACUGGAGACAAGCAAAGAUCGAUGACCAUACAGCAUGAGAUUUACGAUAUUUUUGAAGACUUAUUUGUUAAGCUUGUUAGUAACAGAAAAAAUAUAAUACAAAUAAAAAAUAAUAGAGCUUCAAAUGUUACUUCGCCGCUUUGGUACACUGACGGCAAAAAAAAAGUUUUUUUCUUCAUGAAACAUACUUUUAUUAAGCCAGAUCCUUUUUUAUUCAUCAUAUUAUUAUUAUCUCCAUAUACUUUUAUACGCGGGUAUACCUGGGUUCCCGAGGCCGACGUUGUAUCGGUCGGUGAAAGUUCCCUUUGUCUAUUUCUCUGCAAGAGAUUAUGUCUUUGGUCGCACGUUAGCACUCCUGAAAGUGUUGCACUCAUCUGAGUCAUAUCAUAUAAAACAACUUACAUGUGAUCUCAGUGUAAAAUGAAUCAAAUAAAAUCAAAAUUAUAUAAUUUUAUUAAUUACACCAUGUAUUUAGAAAUAUUCUCAAUCUGAUAUCACGUGUGAGUUGAUGUUAUAACUUGUAGCGUCAAUUUUUAUAUAUCUUUACUUUAUUAGUAGUGUAAUGAAAUAUACAUUGUUUAGGAUAUGUACAUAUACAGGAUGUCCUAAAAAUAGUACACACCCUACACUCCUACAGGAUAGCUGAAUCAAGGUCUAUUAAAAUAACGAAAUACAUAUUCUAUCAAUAUUAAAAAAAUCUCAAUAACUUAAAAACCACUAAAAUUGCGGCUAACAUAUUAUAUUUAGUUUUUUUAGUAGGUCUUGAUUUCAGCUAUGACCCUGUAGAGUAUGUCGUGCUAUUUAUACCCCCCGUGCUAUUAGGACCCCCUGUAUGUAAUAUUAUAACUUUCCAAUAAUCUGUUGUAUAUUGAAGCUAGCAUAUCUCUGAAAAUGCGAUUUCAUGAAAAAAUUGGUUGCGCGAUGACAGUUGAUAACGUGUAUGUGCCGGAUAUGACGUCAUAUUUCAUUAAUCAAAAGAAAUAAUUUAUAAAAAUCCAUAUUGCAUAAUAUAUAGAUUAUAUGAGAAUCAUCCUUCAUGAAAUGUAUAAUACAAAUUGAAUCAGUAGUUAGAGAAUCUCACUUAAGGCAGGUAGAAUACAAAACCUUCUUUUUUGAAUUCAGGUGAAAAUAACAGGUUAUUGUAAAGUAAUUAUACUCUGUUGCUUGCAUUGAUUCAAUCGUAGACAGAGAAAUAAACAGACAACAUCCAUUCCCUCAAAAAAGAGAACUCUUGUGCGGACUCUGUAUGUCUGUAAACAAGAAUAUUUAGCAUCAGACACAAUGAUAAUUAAAACAAGUUUGACAGUUGUGAGGCAGUUACGUAUUUGAAAAAAAUGAGCAAAUCAAUUGGGAUGAUGAAAAUAUAGCAAGCAGCAGUAAAUCAAGUUGUGUCAAAUUACAAGUAAAUAACCUAUUUUAGCUUUGAAAUAUAUUGCUGAAAAAAUGGUUUAGUAGUAGUGUGGGGAUGUCAAAAAUAUGAAUCUGAAUCGCAACGGUCAACGGUGCGUCAAUCACUUGUCUAUUUAGUUAUCUGUCUACUCUAUGUUGUAAUCAUGUUUGAUAUAAGAAAUCAUAUGUUAGACAUUUAACUUAUACAAAAAAAAAAUAGGUAAACAAGGUUUUUCUCUAUUAUAAAUUAGUUCGUGCGCUAAGCAAUUUUCACAAUGUUAUUAAACCUUCUAUGUAUAUCUAAAUAAUUAUUUUAUCUGACAACAUAAUACAUUCGCGCAUUGUGUUUGAUUUAACGCAAAGUCACUUACCAACACGACGUAACGUCUUUUGCCGCCACGGAACGUAGGUAGAAAAAGUAAUAGAUAAAUAGAUAGCAUCCGUCGCAUUCUUUAAAAAAAGAUAACAUCAUAUUCGUGGACUCUAUAAAGAAAUAAGCCCAAUCGAUGUAAUACAAUUAUAGUGUGCGCGCAGCGUUUUUUCAGACCCAUAAAAGGUCCAUCAAUUUUGACAAUUAUUGUCAUUCAGUGGUCGAUUUUAUGCUUUUAUUUAAACAAUCAGUUCAAUUCCUACAGUUAUAACUGUAUAGUUUCAAUCGAAAUCGUUAAAAAUAUCUACUUAUCGUCUAAAAUCCAGCAUUCAUAAAUAUUAAACCCUUAUCUGUCAUUAGUGCUAUGAAAUAAAUUAUAGAUAAUGUUCACAGUGACACAUUCCAAUAGGUUGCCUAGUGAAAUUGCGACCACACACAUCUUUCAUACAAAAUUUAGGAAACCAUGAACCAGAUCAAAGGCAACCUAAUACAGUUAAAUUAAGCAUAAAAUAAGCUUUCGUUUUAACAAAUUAGACUACUAAAUAACUGAUGAGGGUAUAUAAAUAACAUUACUUAACUAUUGUUGUAUGUUUUUAUUUGGCAACCCCACAGUUGCAGUUGUAAAAGCAAGGUAACCUUUGAACCUUACUUUAUCGAUUAUUUUUUUGAUAUAUUCUAUUAACUAGUUCUUUUUUUAAUUAACCAAUAAGGGCAUUAAAUAAAUUAAAAAUAAUAAUCAUUUAAUACUGUUCGGCCGCAAUUUAACUAGACAACCCAGAGGCGUCUUUACGUAUACCGACGCGUUUACGCAUCGCACCCGGGCGCCGCGAUCCCAGGGGCACCCCGAGCGCCACUCGCCUCGUGGGAUAAGAUUUAUUUCUUAUCUCAAUUAAAUGACAUAUAUUUUUUCCUACACGGACGAUUUAUUAACUGAACAGUCUGUACAAUUAAAACUGCAGGUCUGUAGCCUACAUUAUAAUGGAUGUGUUUCCCAGCAUGGGGUAGAAAAAUCCUUGAGUUUAUUUUUUUUUUAAUAAAAAUAUUUCAUUUGUUAUCUUGGUGGUAAACUUGCUCCAAUAUAAUCAUUGAUACACCUACUUCCUAUUGAAUAAAUUAAAAAGAAAUAUGUGUUCAGCACAAAAGUAGAUAAAUUCGGUGUAUGUAUAGUGUUUAAUGGGAAACUUAUUUAAUCAUUUUCUAAGAAAAAAGAAACCUAGAAUAAGAUUUUUUAAUAGUUACAACGAUUGUAUACAUUUAAUUAUUAUCAUAUAUUAGUUACUGUAUUACAUAAAAGUAAUAACUGCAGGUAAGCGGCUAACUGUCAAAAUCUAACCCCUAAACCACAAUGUAAAAUUGAUACCAAAAUUAUUGUGGUGACAUAUUACACACGAUGUAAUACAUAUUUUUGAUUCGACUGCCGGGCAUUAAAAUAAACUAUGGAAAUGCCUAAAUUUCUAAUUUUCAAAAUUAAUGAAAUUUUUACUUCUACUAACGAUAUCUCAAGUCGGCUUCAAUAUUUCGAUCUGAAAUUCCAAUGUAAAAUACUUCCAAGUAAUUCUGCGAUGAAUGAGAUGAAUCUCUUAUUGUUCAUAAUAUACAGAAUGGCGAAUGUUCAAAAGAAAUAUUUAUGAAACUUUGUACCUACUUAUUUUUCAAGUUUAAAAUUCAUAACACAACUUUUUGAAUUUCUUAUUUUUAUCAAAACAAUAUGAAAGACCAAUGUAUAAAGAAGUGUUGUGUAUCGUGAAACUUAUCGUUGUUAAGAACGAACUUUAACGUGUUAUUUUUAUUAAUUUACAGACAAUAUACAAUACAGGGCCUAGUGGCAGUUUGAUACUUUUACCGUCACGUAACGUAAACGCGAAUUUCUAAGGAAUUGAAACAGCGCCAUCUAGUGGCACUACUGCACAACUGUUUCAAUUCCACAUAAAAUUUGCGAAAACGUCAACGUGAUAGUAACAGUAUGAAAAUAUUGAAAACUCCCACUAGGGAGUAUUUGUACGUCAACACAGUACAAGCACAGUGUUGACGUAGAAAUGUCAAUUUAUUACUAUUUAUGAUCAAUAUUGCGUUGGUUCUUAGUUUCAAUUUGCUUGUAUUAAAAUCGAAGUGAAAAGCAGCACGGAAUUUACACACCUAAUAAUGCUAUAAUAUUUACUUCUAUAUAAAUUACUAGCGGACGCCCGCGACUUCGUCCGCAUAAAUUUCGACGUCAACUUUACUACUACCCCUACCCUACCCUACCACUACCCCAACCCUACCCUACCCAACCCCUACAUCUACCCUACCCCUACCCUACCCCAAACCUACCCCUACUCUACCCCUACCUUACCUACACCCUACCCCCAUCCUACCCCUACCCUCCCCGUACCCUAUCCCUUUCCUACCCCUAUCUCAACCGUACCCCUAUCUCACGCCUAUCCUACCCCUACCCUACCACUUCCCUAUCCUACCCGUACCUCUACCCUACCACUACCCUACCUCUACCCCUACCCUACCACUACCCUAAACCCGGCCCUAAACCUACCCUACCCCUACGCUUCCCUACCCGUACCCUACCCUACCCUGUAACUUCUCUAUCUUACUCCUACCCUUAGCAAAAUCGGUCCAGUCCUUCGAGAGUAGUGGUAUGACCAAGAGAAAUAGAGACUUCUAUGCUAAUAUAAAGAGGUAACGUUCGUGUGAUUGUAGGAGGUAAUCUCUGGAUCUACUGGACCGAUUUGGAAAAUUGUUUUACCAAUAGAAAGCUACGUUAUUUGCGAGUGUCAUGUCAUAUGUUUGAUCCCCAUAUUCACACGGGAACGGGAACUACGUAAAUGAAAGCGCUGGGCGUCAUAUAGCGGAAUUUCUGCGUCUUUUAGAAAUUUUGUAUUAUCUCCGCAACUAUUGAAGUAAUUAACAUACUGUAAAGGGCAAAUCUUAUCUCCAUAAUAUCCUUGUGAUUAUUAAAUAAUUUAUUUUAAUAAGGAUUAAAGUUUAGUUGUAUAAAUAAUGACGUAAACCUAAGUAUAUAAAAUUAAUAAUUUUUAAAACACAAAAGGUACUAUAUCUGCUAAUAUAUAGAAGAUAGAUAUAUGGUGUCGCGGACUUUUUUGUAGAACUUUUAAAGAUACAUAAAGUUUCCAUACAUUAAUUUCAAUUUUACACAAUAGUUAAGGCAGCGCAUGCGAAUAAGUCUGUUUAAGAUGAUUUUCAGUCCGACCUGUAUAACAAAAACUGUGAUAACUCGGCUAAUAUAUAUGAUACCAAUAUAAAAUAUAGCCUAUAGCACUCCCCGAUAAUGUAGCAUUCUACUGGUGAAAGAAUUUUUAAAAUCGGACCAGUAGUUUUGAAGAUUACCCCAUUUAAAAAAUGUGACAAACUUACAAACUUACAAACUUUACCUCUUUAUAAUAUUAGUAUAGAUAAGUUUACUUUACGUCAUACUUAAAUCUGCUUAUAAGAAUGAACGUGAUAUUUUGUAGGUCGUGAAAACGGAACAGAAACCGUUGUCCUAAACAACUAUUCUAAACAUUCUCGUGGUUUGCUUAUGAAUUAUAUUUAUAUAUUAUGUUCCUUUAGCCUGUAGCCACAAUCAAUGUAAAAUAUUAAUUAUUUUAGAUUAAUAAAUGUAAUAAGAUCAAUCUCGCAAAGAAAGGAAACAAAUCCUCUGAUGGGGUAUUUUUUGGUCCUUCGAUCCGGAUAUCGGUUACUGUAAUACAGUAACUAUACUCAACAAUAUUAUAUAUUUGAUGUAAUUAUUUUUGUUCUCAUACUUAACGCUGCACAGAACAUUUAUAUUGGGUUAUACUGUGUACUUCUAUUUAUUUUUUUUAACAUUUCCUUCCAUAAUGUUUUAUAGUUAACCUGUUAUUAAAAUAUGAAAAGGGUUAUUCUUAUGAGUAAAAUAGAUAUUAUAUAUUAUAUACCUACAUAAUAAAUAUACUUGCAUCAUAAAUUAUUAUCAGUUGUAUUGUACAGUCGGUAUGUGUAAUAAAGUGUUACAUAUUUGUUAAA